CUCUCUCUCUCUCUCUCUCUCCUUCCGAUUCACCUGACCAAACCCUAGCUCAUACACAGUGAGCAGUUCUUAAGAUAAGUUUCUAUCUUUUUUGGGAUAUUUGAUGGCGUCAAAGCGGAUCAAUAAGGAGUUGAAGGACUUACAGAAGGACCCUCCUGCUUCUUGCAGUGCUGGUCCUGUGGCCGAUGACAUGUUUCACUGGCAAGCAACAAUUAUGGGUCCCACUGAUAGUCCUUUUUCUGGAGGUGUUUUUCUUGUAUCCAUUCACUUCCCACCUGAUUACCCAUUCAAGCCACCAAAGGUUUCCUUCCGGACAAAGGUUUUCCAUCCCAACAUUAAUAGCAAUGGUAGCAUCUGCCUUGACAUCCUCAAAGAGCAGUGGAGCCCUGCUCUUACCAUAUCCAAGGUCCUCCUCUCGAUAUGCUCACUGCUUACUGAUCCAAACCCGGAUGAUCCUCUUGUGCCCGAAAUCGCGCACAUGUACAAAACCGACAGAGUGAAGUACGAGUCAACUGCUCGGUCCUGGACUCAGAAAUAUGCGAUGGGCUGAGGGUUUGUCAUUCUGUCAGGGACUCAGGAGCAUAUCAAGCUGUCUUAGUAGUAAAUAAAUAGAGAGAGUGGGUCAGAGAUUGAGCGAAAAAAACUUGUUUGGUCUGUUUUCAUGCUCUUUUGCAAUGAAAAGGUUUUACAUAUGGUCAUCCGUUGAAACUGGGCCUGUUAUUUUAGAUGGUUGAUAAUAGUAGUAGAAAUGUUGAUUGCAAAAUUGUUGGUCCUUGGUGGUGUUGAUUGCAUUAUUAUUUAUUAUGAUUUUCU